AUGAGCUGCGUCCUGGAUGAGAUGGACUUCUCCGGGAUGGAUCUGGACGAGGCUCUGAGGAAGUUCCAGGCUCAGAUUAAAGUUCAGGGUGAAGCUCAGCGGGUGGAGAGGCUGGUGGAGGCCUUCAGUCAGAGGUACUGUGUCUGCAACCCGGUGCUGAUCCGGCAGUUCCAGAAUCCAGACACCAUCUUCAUCCUGGCCUUCGCCAUCAUCCUCCUGAACACGGACAUGUACAGCCCCAACGUCAAGCCUGAGAGGAAGAUGAAGCUGGAGGACUUCAUCAAGAACCUGCGGGGUGUUGACAACGGGCAGGACAUCCCCAGAGACCUCCUGGUGGCCAUUUAUGGACGGAUCCAGAAGUGGGAGCUGAGGACCAACGACGACCACGUGUCCCAGGUCCAGGCUGUGGAGAGGAUGGUGGUCGGCAAGAAACCCGUGCUGUCGCUGCCUCACCGCAGGCUGGUGUGCUGCUGUCAGCUGUUCGAGGUUCCAGAUCCAAACAGGGCUCAGAGGAGCGGCGUCCAUCAGAGAGAAGUCUUCCUGUUCAACGACCUGCUCAUGACGUGA